AUGGGUACCCUGGAGGGACACCUGCUGCCGGGGGUAUACUUCCUCUCCUUCGCACUGUACUACUCAGUGCAGGUGUUCUUUGCCGUGCUACGGGGACAGAGGUUUCUCAAGCCCCCUCUGCCCCCAAGGGAGAAGCGAGGACACAGGUGGUGGCAGCUAGUCCCUAAGGAAGGAGUGGUGAAGAUCGUAAUCUGUCUGAUUGCCAUGCUGGCUGAGUUCUUCUACCCCCCAGGAGUCAACCGGCUGAAGAUAGUAAACUGGGAAGACCCUCGACGGCCGUUCAUGUUCUCGAACAGCUGGCAGCACAUCACCAUGUAUGGCUUCUUCCUGAUCAGCGGCGUGGCGGACAUUGUGAGCCAGUCAUGCCUGGCCCGGCAGAAUAUGAAGCUGGAGCGAGCGGCCGAGGCCCUGGCCUUCUGCAUGCUGGGGCUGCUGAUGGUCGCGCACAUUGAGAACAAGAGCGCCCUGGAGAUCCGCGGGCAUGUCCUGUUCAUGGUGCCCACCUUCCUGGUCAGUCUGGCGCUCGCCAUCGAGGUCUGGGUCCCUGACCAGCCUGCAGUCUGGGUGUUCAAGGUCUGGAUGGGACUGGUGUUGAGCACCUGGCUGCUGCAUCUCUCCCAGGUGAUGUACAUUCAUCUCUCCGGGCAGCCCUGGCGAUCAGAAAACCACGAGGACCUCGCCUUCCUCACCAUCUUCUUCUGCUGGCACCUGGGCUUAGGGGCAGUCGUGCUGUUGGUUAUCUAUGGCAUCUGCAGCCUAUGGUAUCAUCGCCGCUCCUUCUGGACAGAGCCCUCAGGUGCUAAGUACCAGCCAUGCCCCACAGGCUACAGCAGUGAGGAGCUGGAGAAACUCAGGGCAGGGACCGAGCUGAAAAAUGAGUGUGUCUAG